GAAACACUUCCCAACAUCACAUCAUCGAACCCGUCCUGUGGCCUUGAAGCAGAGGGGCAUCACCUUUGAUCAUCCUGCGAGAUGACGGGAGGCUACAAGGAGCCGUUGGCGCCACCCCCUGUGCUGAAACGCUCCAUGUUCGCACCUCAUGGCGCCCAGCUGCGGCCCCAGUACGAGCAGGAAGAUGAAUGGAACGAGUUUUUGGAGCGCACCGACACUUCCAAGGUGCACGACUUUGGAAGAUAUUGGUGGAGUUAUGGCCGCGACAAGGACGAUGAUGGUGAACUCCGGGAGGCGGUCUUUUUGGAGGUGCCGCUUCGGAAGGAUGUGGAAGCGCGGCAGAUUCGAGCGCACUUGAGCAUGAGGCAACUGAAGUUGGUGGUGCACGGCGACACGCUACUGGAGGAGGAGUUUGAAGAUUGCAAGUGGUUGGAUGUGGGUGAGUCCUACUGGGAGAUCGAAGUGAAAGAGGUGAAGAAAGUGCGACGAAAAGUGUUGAGGUAUGUGUUGUACGUCAUGACGGAGUGUCCCAAGUACAUCACCCGCUGGCUCUUCGAGUGUGAGAAAAAGGAGGAUGAUGGGCGCUACAUUGAUCAAGAGGACGAAGAGGAAGACAACAUCGACGAUCGCUUGCGCCUCAUCGCCAAAAUGAAAGAGCCAGAACCCUAUCGUGAUGCAGACAUUUGGUUCAGCGAAACCGAAGAAGAGGAGGAGCGCUGGUGCGAUGGUUGCGGCUCAACGCGCGUCGUGGUCAUGAAGAAGCACACGGAUGCAAAGUACAUGAAGUACUGCAACGACUGCCCCUUCGUGUCCCCCGCCAAGGAAACAGGGCUGCCCACAGGGUUGCUAAAGCAGAAGGAGAUCGAUGAGAAGAGAGCUCGCAAGCAGCGGCUUCGGGCACGGAAAGAAGAAGCAAAGAGGCGGAUGGAGGCUCAGAAAGAUGCCAAGGAAGCCGCCGACCGCAGCGAGGAGGUACCUGAAGACUACAAGCAGGAGGAGAAAACCAAGAUUUACACGCGCGAGGAUUUCCAUGAAGUUCUCACCAAGGCCCUGAAGAAGGGAGAGAUCAAGUGGGAAGACUAUUGACACAUCGUUUGACCACCGCGACAGUCCUGGGAUUCCCU